UAGAGACCGAUUGAUACAAAGUGUGGAGCUGAUAUCGAUAGAACACACAGAGAGAGAAAGAGAAAGGGUUUUGUGCUUUCCUUCCAAGAAUGAGCGGUAAUACAAGAAAUUCUGCCCCUGGAGCACCUGUAGAUCUAUCAUUCAAAUGCAUCAACUUGGUGGCAGACGCUAUGUUGGAGGAGCCCCGCAUGGGACUGAAGCCAGUCAAACGAUGUAAAGAUGGGAAGUUGCUGAGUCAAGCCUUGCGUCUCAACAACAAUAUCCUAACUGACCUUCAAGGCUUCGGGGAAACAAUGGAGAAGCUUCUAAGUGACUCAUCACAGCUCUCCUGGAUUGACCUGUCUUUCAAUGACCUGUCCACCAUUGAUCCAGUCCUGACCACUUACCUCCAGCUUUCAGUGCUCAACCUUCAUGGUAACAGCAUCCGCCAGCUGUCAGAGGUGGAUAAAUUGGCAUGUCUGCCCAACUUGAAGAGUCUCACCCUGCAUGGCAACCCAAUCGAGACCGAGAAAGGAUACAGAUCGUACAUCCUGUCUGUUCUGCCGCAGCUCAAAUCCCUAGAUUUCAGCGGCGUCACAAAACAAGACCGUGUCAUGGCGGACGUGUGGAGGCGAACAAAUGGAAAACAAAAGCGAGCAAAGAGAAUAAAGGAGGAAUAGACAUCACUCAACACCCACAGCUAUGGAGGUGUAAUUUUUGCCAAUAAAUAGACAUGUUCUGUGUAGGAUUUAUUAGACAAACAGCGAUCCAGUGAUUGACUCCUUUUAUCGAAUACAUAUCAGGUAGUGUAAGUAAAGUGCCUCGGUCAUUACUAAACGUCUCUUUUCAGCUAUCGUAAUAUAUUCUGUACAGAAUACACUUUGUGUUAUCAUCACAUUCACUGGUUAGUGUGCUGGGAGCACUUCAGGUAAAACAAAUCCUAGUUUAUUUCACUGCUAAGAAAGCCGAUAACUCAAUGUGACUGUAAGGGGACACAAGUAGCAGCCAGGAUUAUUAUUAUUUUUAUAUUAUUUAUAGAGCGCCGUCAAAUUCCGCAGCGCUUUA